CUCCCGCAGCGUCGUCGGAACACUGCGCUUUGCUGCCUUGCCCGCAUGCCUUGCUUUUGCUUAUUACACUAGCUUAGCUACCUUGCUAGCGUACUCGGCUUGUUAGCUUCUUCGUCAUCGCGCGCUGACGCUGACACUGCUGGCGAUGGUGAUGGCUUUGAUGUAGUCUUCCAGUGCGCUAAUCGCAGCAAAGCAGUCGGCCGGCGAGUGUUGUGUGCCGUUCCGUUUUUCGAAACUAUUUUGUUUCCAUUUGCGCGUUGAACGCGAGCGGUGAUGUGUGAAUACGCGUGCGUGCAUUGCGUGUGGUGCGUUUAAAAGUUUUUAUUUGCUAAUGCUAAAGCAGAGUGUAGCAAAUAAUUUAAUAAAAAAAAACUGAUAUAAAUGUUGGCCGCGAUUUUUUCGGGGCAGCGUGCCAAACAAGUAAAAAUUUAAUUUUUUAUUGGAAAUAAAAAUAAAGACUGUGCCUUAAAAAUACCAGCGUUUGGCUGCUGCUGAUCUUCACUUUGCGUGUGGUGCCAUGAAAUAAUUUCCACAAAAGAAAUGUAAAGUAAUAGCUCGACGCGUCUUUUCGCACUUUUUUAUUGGAAAAAAGUUUCUGAAGAAAUAUUCGCCAAGAGCUGCUGACUCACCUGUGAUUAUACGCGAGAUUUGUACCUACGGCGUCUUUGUUUAUAGGUGUCUCGCGUGUAUGUAAACAAAAUCUUGGCUGGAAUUUAAACUUAACAGCUGCAGAAAUCUCUGUACUUUGCGUGCUAGUUCAAAGAAAUCGAAUAAAAAAAAACAAGAUCUGCACAAUUAGUCAUUGUUAUUUAGACCGAAGCAAAAUACAUAUAAAUAAAAGUGCAACUGUCAACAAGCGUCCAAUAGAAAGAUGGCUAUUCCACCACCGCACGGCCCACCGCCUCCACCAGGUCCACCACCGCCUCCGGCAAUGGGAGGCCUGAAGUUAGGUGGUGCCGGUGGUGGAGAUGUGCGUUCAGCGCUCCUACAGUCCAUACAAAAGGGCACUAAACUGAAAAAGACUACAACGGUUGAUAAAAGCGGACCAGCCCUAGCAGGAAAGAUUUGCGAUUCAACGUCAUCCGCAACGAGUUCACCGAAACGAAUACACAACAAUAACAACAACAUCAGCAAUAGCAAUAACAACAAUGUGGGCAAUGGCGCACCAAAACUGGGUGGCCUAUUCGAAGGGCUGACCUCAAUGCCCAAACUGAAGCCAGUCAAUGGCAGUAGUCGUGCACAAGCACCAGCAGUCCCAACGGCGUCCAAUGACUUGUCGGCAGCGAAUAGACGCAACGACACAUCACCACCUGCGAAUGCAAGCACCGCCGGUGGCGGCAGCAGCAGUAAUGGUCCAUUAGAUUUCAAUGCCGAAUUAACUAAGCAUUUAACACUGAAGCGACAGAAGCAGCAGCAGCAACAACAACCGCCGAUCAAUGCAACCGAGGCGAAUUUACGCACAAAUCGUGGACCACCGCCGCAGCCACCAUCGACGCCACCGAAAAAUCUUUCAACGAGCGCCUCCGAUUCGGUGUUGGAGAAAACGCGAAAUGCCAGCGCGUCGUCUGGGGGCAUACGCGCCAGCCCGUUGGCGUCGAAUCACAACAAUAGCAAAGCAUCAUCACCUACGCUUUCGGAGAGUAGCAAUGGCAGCGGCAGCCACAAUAAAAUCGCUGUCACAAGUAACAGCAGCAGCCAAAGUAUCAAAAGUAAAGCGGCAAGCUUGAAUUUAUCGUUAGGAAAAACAAAUUCAAAUUUUGUAAAUAAUAAAAGUAGCCUGUUUAAUACAAACUCUUCUUCUACAACAACAACAACAUCAACUAUAACAACUACGCAAUCAACAACCUCUUAUAAUUCUAUCAACAACAACAACACAACAACGACUCCAAAAAACAAUUCAAACUAUAAAAGCAGCCUGAACAGCACACUGUCCAAGACACAAUUCCAACAGCAGCAACAACAAAAAUCGCCCGCACCUAUCCGUGGCAGCAUCCUUCCGAACAAAUCCUCUUUAUUUGGCGCGAAUGGAGUUAGUAGUGGAGGUGCGGGCGGUACGACGGCAGCGUCGUUGGGUAGCACCAAUUCGCUUGCCACUCCCAUCCCGUCAUCAUCGUCACCGGCUAAUAAAUCGCCGACGCCAAGCGUGAAACCGGUGCCGAAUCAUGGCAAACCGAAUUUCGCGCCAAAGCCACCAGGAUUGCAGCAAUUGGCGUUGGCGAGCAGUCAACGGCCGACAGUGUCGCGCCAUCACAGCAUGAAGUCACCAAGAUCACCACCAAUUACAGCGCCAGGUGCGCCUGUUUUUCCCACUCAACAACACUUUGGCACAAUGCGCGCCCCACUCGCUCAGCUGUACCAGUCACAAGAAGCGAUUAAUAGCAGCGGUAUGCGAAUGGCACCAAAUCCACCAAUUGGUCGUCCUACAGUGGCACCACCCAAACCGCCAUCAGUGAAACCACCGCCACCACCAACACCAGCGCGCAGCGUCUCUAAUACUAAUCUAAAUAGUAUGGUGGGACAAAAUGUAGCUACUUCAGCUGCUGCUGGCAGCUCGUCAACUCCUUAUAGCGCUGUGAACACAACACUUAUCUCUUCCGUAACCAGCAAUUACUCAUCUCCAACCACCACGCAGCCACCUUCCAAUUCGUCUUCCUCCAGUAGUGUGUCAGCGUUGCGUGAUCAAUUCCGUAGCGCUACAAAUGCGACACCACCACCGCCACCGCCACCCUCAGCCGCCACGGCCCAUGCGAAGUCAACUGCGAUUGUUAGUGGCGCGCAACCAGGUGUUGGUCAAAGCAGUCCGGGCAGCCCUGCCGCCAGCAGGCAGUCAUUGAAUCGCGAUAAGUCGAUAAAACCGAUCAUAUUGAAUGGUGGAAUAUUGAAUGCGCCACCACUGCCACCGCAUCGGACUUGUCCAGCACCACCACCACCGCAACGACAAACAAGUAAUCAGACUGGCAAUAGUGCGCCUCCAGUGCCGCCACAACGACACUCCUCUAUACGCGCCAACACACCUGUAACACCGCCAACGGCAAGCAACAAUAACAUGCCCAUGUUCGGCAACAAUGCAGGCAAUUUGGCGCACGCUAAUUCAGUCAGCCGUUUGGUUACCGAUUUGGAAUCGAGAUUUGGCAAACGCUUUCAUAAUGUUACCGAAUUCCCGAAACCGCCACCAUUCCUAAAUAUCCCAAAAGUGUAUUCGAGCCGAGCGGCCAAAGCGAAUGCGCCACUUCCAGGCAAUAAUAACAACAACAAUAACAACAAUGUUGAUGGCCAAACCAAUAACACCGCAGUACCGCCACCAGUAGCAUCAUCAGUGCCAACAACAACAACACCAGCAGAUACAGCAGCACCUUCAACCCGCAAGCCGAUACAACCCAUCUUUCCGCUGGGUGUAAAAAAGCAUCGAGCACCUGCCCCACCGCCACAAGCUGGCGUAGCGGCAGCAACGGUAUCUGUGAUAAGACAAUCGAGUUUCCUGUAUGGCAGCGCAGGUGUAGGCGGCGCGUCCACUCAACAACAACAACAGGCACAACAAUGGUAAAAUAAGGAAAGCUAUAUCACCUACAAGCGCGAAACAGAAUGAGGGAUGAUAUGUAGUUAAUUUAAGAAUGUUUUUUGGCAAAUGGUUAAAAAUAGAGCGGCAAAAGAAUUUAAUCAAUAUUUAAUACAAUACUUUAUACGUGCGUAUAUAUCUAUUUAUGUACAUACAUACAUAUAUUUAGAUGUAUGUAUGUAUGUAAAAUUAUGUUUGUAAAUCUCUUUAAACUUUUACUCAAUUCAACAAGUUCAAAGGUUCUAGAGUGUGUAAAUAUAUUAAGGUAGGGCUGUAACGUACAUACAUGCGUACAUACAUAUGUAUGUAUGUAUGUAUACACCCCGUGUCAUAAUUAUAAGAGCACCACAUAUUGGCAAGUUUAAACCAUUUCUUUUAUUUAAUUUUGGUUAUUUUAUUUACAAAAAUAUAGUUUAUUCCUUAACAAAUAUCGCAUAAAUUCAAGUUUUAAUCUUUGCGCAACAUUAAAAAAAAUUAGCCAACCAUCGUAAAAAUAUCGAGCCGUUUAAUUCGGCUCCUUACAUUUCUUUUGUUUUUCAGUGUUUACUUUAUUUUUACAAAAUUCUAAGAAGUAGCUGGGUCGGUUAUUUUGAAAGUGGCAUAAUUAUUUUUUAUUCCAUAAGAAAAUCAGGUUUUCAAAAAAAAAUAUCUAAACUCAGCGAUAUUUUGUAGCCACUUGAAACUUCAUGCCACUAAUGAACUCUCAAAAGGUAUACCUAAAGUUUUUCUAAAAAUUCUGAAUGAUAAGCUUGAAACGUUGGCGAAAAUUUGUUGAAUUUUUGUGCAAAGUUUUAAAUGCGCAUUUAUAUGCAUUUUAUUGUGUAAUGAUUUAGUUAAUGUGGUCAAAACUAUUCAAACUAAGGCGUUUCUAUUAUUUCUGUCACCAGUGUACAUACGUUCGACGAUUUUUUAAUGUAGAAGAAAAUGAGCAACAUAGCAAAAAAAUGUUCCAACUUGUCAACAUGUGGAGCGCUUAUAAUUACGACACGGGGUGUAUACCCGCGCAUAUGUAUCUACAUAUUUCUGUACAUAAAUUUUUCUAGGGCACGUUAUACAUGACAGUUAAAGUCGUAUAUCGAGUUAGUAAAGGGUUAAAGAAAGAGUAGUCUUUCCCAAAGACUAAAAAAGAGGUUUUUCUAAUAAAUCGAGAGCUACACUAAAUUUAGCUACUCCCAAUUAAAAUAACAAAAAUAACUAAAAACAAAAACUCCAUCAAAAUCCAAAGCAAAGACUCUAUUUUACACAUAAUGCCUUCAUAUUUGUAUUGAAAAAAAUAUAUAAAUCAAUUAAAUAAACUACUUAGAAAAUGUUUACUAAAUUAAAAUUGGUAACCCCAUCUGUUAACACAUAAAAUUAGAAAAUUAACAUUUCAAAUCGAAGUUAACCACAUCUGUACAUAAAUUUUUGUAAAAUGUUGGUGUUCAACUGUUUUUUUUUAACUCUCCUUAGCAUUAUCUAAAACUACGAAUAUCUGUCAUAAUAGAAAUAUAUUUAAAAAAAAAAGUAUUUAAAUAGGAAUUUACUUAGAGCAUUAUUUGUUUGUUUAGCGAAGUUUGAAAAAAGUAUGAAAGUAUACAUAUUAGGGUGGGUCAAUUUUUUAUACUAUGCGGGAAUGGCAUAGAAGUAUUCUACGUGGAAUUCUAAGCAAAUUUUCCGAAGAAUCCUUGGGCCUAAAAUUUCAAGGAAAAGUAGGGUAUACAUAAGUGGUUUUUCUUUUAAAACGUAUGAAAAUGUGAAAAUUUUUUACUUUUUUUCCUCUGGCUAAUGUUUUAAAAUGGAUUUCUAAAACAAAAAAACUUUUAAAGCAUGUUUAAAAAUAAAAUUAAAAACUUAUUUAUGACACUACAGUAAAUUAAACGCUACGAAGGAACAAAAAUCUAUUUUCGCAAUUUGGCAUGCUUGAAAUUGAUUUUAGAUCAAUGGUUUCUGCGGCAAAUUUGCUUAGAAAUUCACCUAGAACACUUAUAUGCCACACGCGUAUAGUCAAAAAUAUCUCAAAUUGAUCCGCCCUAAUAUAUAUGUAUGUAUAAGAUAAUUGCAUUAGCAUUUAAACAACGUAGUAAAUAUUGGGAAAACAAAUUACGAAAGCACAUAGCUGAACUUAACGGUAUUUUUGAAUAUAGACUGCAAGGGACUUGUUACCCAAAUGUUAAAAAUAACAAAACAUUAAUAGUUACAUACGAAUACUUAAAGAAAAUAAAUAAAACAAAAACAUACGUAAAUCCACGAAAUUAAAGAAAUGCAUACAUAUAAUAUUCAAAAUGUUAUUAAAGACAUUCGACUGUUCCAUUACACAAAACAAAAAAAAAAAACAAAUAUAACUAACUGAGGGCAUUCACAGCGAGCGCGUUAGCGAAAUUUGAGCGCUCACAUACUUUUAGUGCAAUGAAAAAAAAACAGCAUAAAAAUUGAAAUAUUUAGUUGAAACCAAAAAAUUGGUUUUUUAUCCUGUUUUUUUAUAGGUAUAUUUUUUAUUAAUCUUUACUUUUAAUAUUCAGCUAGCUGCUGUGUAUGCCCUUAUCCAUAAAGAUCUAGAUACAUACAUGUUAAACUCUUCGGAAAUAAAUCACAUAGUGCAUUCUUUUCAUAAUCAGGAUUUUAAUUUAAUUUUCUUGAACUAACAGGGCAAUUCUGGCUAAGAUAUUUGAAGGUCUCUUGUAAGACGAUUUAAGGACAGUAGGCAAGAUAGUUUGAAAUAUUCUCUUUAUUCUGGCACAAAAGUCUUCCAAAAAAAGCUCCCUUGCCAACUUUCAUGGUGAAAAGCUCUUUUUUACAGAAAGCAAUUUCAUAUUUUGCUCGCGCUCCUCCAACUUCCGGAAUGGCCGAGUGAAAAAUGCAUUGGCGUGCCAUUCGAGAGCUCCGAGGUCGAGUCCCCGGGCAGAUGAAUUUUUUUCUGUUUCAAUUAAAUUUUAUUUCUUUUUUUAAAUUUAAUCUUCUUUUAAUUAAAAUAUA